AUGAAAGAUAAAGAGAGUUGUAGUAGUCGAGUGGAGGAAUUGGUAGCGACCAAGAACAGCCGACACUGGAAGAAGGUGGAGGUGUACAAUGAGGUGCUGCGCCGGCUCAAGGAUUUGAAGCACCCCGAGGCGCAAGAGCCGGACUUCGACGAUCAACUCUGGGCUCACUUCAACCGCCUCCCCGCCAGGUAUGCGAUGGAUGUGAAUGUGGAAAAGGCAGAAGAUGUUAUCACACACAAGCGGUUGCUGCAUCUGGCAUGUAAUCUUGAUAAUAGGCCUGCAUUUGAAGUCCGGCUUCUCCAGUUGACUUCUUUACUAGCUGAAGUUGGGUUGAAUAUCCAGGAAGCACAUGCUUUUUCUACUGUGGAUGGCUAUUCUCUAGAUGUCUUUGUUUUUUAUGGUUGGCCAUAUGAGGUAUCUCCGUCAUUGCUGUUUUAA